UUCUUCACUGAAGUUUGCAAAAUUGGACUUCCGGUUAUCUUUUGUGCGGUCGAUUUUCGUAUUUCUGACUAAGAAUCAGUGAUGGCCAUGGAGAGAUCAGAUAGUCUGACAGUCAUGAAGUCUCUGACAGCUGACUAUGGUGAAGAUUCUGAUGAGGAGAUACCAUCAGCUGUAGACAACAUCUCAGAUGAAGAAACACAAGAACUUCUUGCCAAACAAGAGCCACGCCCAUCUUCCUUACCAAAUCUACAAAAUGAUAAUUCCAACUCUAGUGUUCCUGAAAAACCACCCACUAAGCUAGUGUCCUAUGGACCUGAUGAUCAGGAAGAUGAAGAAAGUCAAUCAGAAGAAGAAGUGGAGGAAGAAAGUGAUCUUUUAGAUAUACAGAAAACUGAUAUUGAGGAAAAGGUUUUAGAUACUCAAGAUGCCUCUGCUCUGUCACGGAAAGUCCGGAACAUGUCAGCAGAAGAAAUACAAAUCCCUCCAGAACCUGUAGGACGAUGCUCAAAAGAAUUACAAGAAAAGAUUGCUCGAAACUAUGAUCGCAUGUUGAAGAGUGGCUACAGCAACAAUGUGAUGAUUCAACAGAGAAAAGAUUUUAGAAAUCCAAGUAUAUAUGAAAAGUUAAUAGAGUUUUUGCACAUAGAAGGAACAAAGGAACAAACUUUCCUCCUGAUAUCUUUAAUCCUCAAAUGUGGACUAAAGAAUCAUUUUAUGACGAAUUAUAAAACCAGAAGAAGGAGAUGGAAGCGGAGAAGGAGGCGGAAGGACAGAACCAAGAUUGAUUUCAUUGUUGGUUCGAAGAAGGUCUCUUCCUCCAGUGAUGGUUCAGCACCUGAUGAAAAGAAAAGGAAAACCAAGUGGGACAGUCAGCCACAGGUGUCCUCCGCAGUCCGCUCAUCGAACAUGCCAAACCCAUCAGUUGUAACCUUGACAACGUCGGCAACAGGGACUAAAACAACAGUCAUAUCAGCCAUCGGUAGUAUUACAAAAAAGUCAAGUCAGAAAUGACGGUAGUUGAUUUCAUAAAAUAUAUACCAGUGCAUUACCUCGUUAGCUCACCUGAGUUAAAAGGACCAGUUAGCUCACCUGGUUAGAAUGUAAAGUCAGAUGAAAUCAGCUGUUAUCUGAAAGUCUGUUCAUAUUCACACAAGAGCUGAAAUACUUGUAAAUAUAACUCUGUCAUGUAGCUGAAAGGGUCAUUUACUAGGUUAUAAUAUCCAAAGAAAUAUCAUUUUUCAAGUCAUUGUAUGUCAGAUACAACCAACAGUAUCAAACCGUGAAAAACUCACAGAAUAUCAAACUGUUUCACUGCCUUGAUGCAGCUUUGUAUAGAACUGUAUUAUGAAGAGCAGUGUGUGUCUGUCUACCAUGUUGGCUACUGUAGGACUGCAACCCAAGUUAAGGCCUCAUGCUACUGCUACCCUAAGCCAACCUAAGCCAACCCGAUCUCUGGUAGCCUUUUUUUCAAUUAUAAUUGAGUGACACUUUGGGUGAUAUUUAUUAAAAGUAAUACUGCUGAUAUAUCCCCAGGGUUUAACCUCGACUCACAAACAUGGACAUCCUGGGGACCCCCAAUUAUUAGUUUAAAGCUCCUUGGUGACAAUCACGAGGGGCCCUGUGAAGUAAUAGUGUAGAGAAAUAUCACGUUUUGAUAAAUUCUAUAGAGUCUGGAAUGAAUCAUUGAUCAUUUGGACACUUGACACUUUCGUAUGUCAAGGCUAAUCAUGGGGUUUUGAUAAUGUUUCUGUCUAUAAAAGUAUUGAAAUCCAUUUCAGGUCUCAUUUGGCCUUGUUUUACGUUUUACUGUGUAUUUAGGGAGUGUUUUGAAACUGUUUUGAGGCAGAGAUUUAUAUACAUUCUGAUUUCUUUGGGGCUAGUUUGCCAUUAUAGUUUCAGCCCGUUGAGAUUUCUUCUGGGUAAAGAUGGGUUCCUUGUGCUUAAUACUUGUCAUAAAGGAAUGGAUGUAUACAUGUGUGAGGGUGAUCUUUGUGUGGUCUUACUGGGCAGCAAGGAUAGUUAUCAAAACUGGUUGGCCUUUGAGACUCAGAAUAUCAUCCUAUAUUCAAAAUAUUUUGACUGCUGCAUAAAACAACAGUCAUCGGCAUUAUUCAUUUUGUGUGAAAGGGAUUAAUUAGUAACCAAUAGUUUCAAGUAAGGAAGAUGUGCCAUUUUAUGAAAGGCAGUCAGCUGUUGAGACAUCACUAAAUAUCAGAUCUGUUAACAUCACGUCAAGUCAACAACAUUGCCAUUCAUUGUAAAUAUGACCAUUGACAAG